CAUUGACACUUCAAUCACUUCAUUCACAUUAAGAAAUUUGACCGUUCACCAAACUUGUUUUGUUUUUGUGUAAAAAAAAAGUAAAUUAACCCAAUAAGUCGUAAAUUUCUGAAUUUGCGCCGUUUUUGCUUUAUUCAGUAUGUCGCUAAGGGAUCGGGAGAGAUUUGAUCAAAAUGAGAAGUGUCCUAGCGAAGCCGGGUCUUUAGAGAGUCUGUACGCUGACCAUGAAAUAGAAGAGGAUCUCGUUAUAGGUCCCGUGGAAAUAUGGAAGCCGAAAAUUACGUUAAAAUUUAUUGGUCUUAAAACAAAACCCAAAGACCCUGUAAAAACAAUUGAAAAGGACAUGAAACCACCAUAUAGUACAAGACAAAAAAAUCUUUGCAAAUUAUGCAAUAAAGAGUUUAAAAAUGCAAACAGGUUGGAAGAACAUAUUAUAACACAUUCUAACGAUCGACCUUUUUCUUGCAACAUUUGCAAUAAAAGAUACAAAAGGGAAUCUACACUGUACGCACAUAAGUAUACGCACGAAAACAAAAAGCCAUACAAGUGUAAACAUUGCAGAAAGAGCUUUACUUUUAAAGGCCAGUUGAAAGCGCAUACAAGGUUACACACUGGGGAAAAACCGUACAAGUGCAAUAUAUGUUCUAAAGAGUUUACGCAGCAGACAUCAUUGAAUAAUCAUCUUUUGAAACACAAAGGCAUUAAACCUCACUGUUGUGAGAUCUGUCAUGAGAGAUUCAGACAGGUUAGCAAUUUGAAGAAGCAUUUAGAAACUAAUCAUUCAGAUAAAAAGAAGGAUAUUCAAUUUCCUAAAGAAAAGGGGAAGAAACAUAAAAAUACGAAAGCUCAGAAGGAAAAGAAAGAAAAGCAAAGAAUGGUUGUAACUUGGUAUGCAUGUAAAAAGUGUAAAUUUGUGUUUAGUAGUAAUGAUGAUCUUAGUAAACAUAAGAAACUUUACCAUGGUGGCAUGUGAAAACAGUUAAUGUAGGCCAGAUCUUUUUUUCUAAGCACAUUUUGUUAUAUGGAGUAUUAUAAGAACAAAUUAAAUUACUUUCUAUGAACUGUCAUAUAUCAUAUACAAAGGAAAAAUAUUACCAAUGUAUCCAGUGCCCAGGGCUGGAAUGCAACCAGCGUCCUCGGUUUACGCGAUAGAUGUCUGACCCGCUCGGCCACCCGAGCGAGGGGCACGUCGAAAUUUCCAGGUAUAUGACAAUUUCUGAAAGCUUGUGGCGCCCCCUGGCCAUCCCUUAGGUCGAACAGUAUGGUUGAACCUCCUAACUGUAACAACUCAGGAGAUUUCGGGCUAGCGAUGAGAGAUGGCGCUUUUAUUAAUACUCUAAGUACAAAUUAUACUUACCAAUUUUCAUUACUUUUAGGUUUUAUAGUAAAAAAAAAUAUAUUUUUAAUGACUCGUAAAAAAAGUAUUGUAUACAAUAGUGAUAUAAUCAAACUUUACAAUCUUGUACCUCACUUAGGCAACUCAGCAAGCUUCGUUGCCUAAACACGGUACUCGACUGAAAAGCUCUGUCUGUAUGUCUGUCUGUUUGUUACGUCUUAACGCUUAAACCACUGAAGCGAUUGAGAUAAAAUUUGAUACCGAUAUAGUUAGAGGCCCGGGGAAGGACAUAGGAUAGUUUUUGAUAAUCAUCAUCAUCAUCAUUCCACGCAGACAAACUCGCGGGCAGAAACUAGUGAUAAAUAAAAUAACUCGAAAAUACAGAAAUGCGUUUUUUUUUAUGAAAUUAUAAUUUCUGGGUUCUUGUGGAUGUAUUGUUUUUUUUAUAUGUAGGGAAGAGUGAAACCAUGUUUUUUUAUACUUAAGAAUAUGUAUUUGUAGUAUUUGUUGUAAUUUCUUAAACAUUAAAUUGUGUCAUUUUUCUAUUAAAA